AUGAUGCAACUUGGGGAGAGCACUGGAGUGACUGGAGUAAAGAAGUAGUUGGGUUCACAGCUGAAGAUAGAGUUAAAUCCUUCUGAAGCUAAUGGAAUAAUUUUGAAAUACGAUGUAUCUAUCUUGGGAAAGCCACCACUUCAUUUUCAACAGCAAUUCUACAGUCUGAACACCACACAGCUGACUCUAAAUGUAGAAAAUGGGACAUAUGAAGUGAGAAUUAAAGCAUCGAACAGUGUGGGUGAAUCUCCUGCAUCAGUUUUGCUGAUCCCAGCAACUAACUCAAGAGCUCCUGUGAAAAAUCUUACAGCAUUUCCUAAAGAUGGCAAGCUCUGGGUAGAGUGGAUAGCUCCUAAAACUGAUGUUAAUAGAUACAUAAUUGAAUGGUAUGAAGAGUGUGACAAUUUGACAUGUGCUAGUGAAUGGCAACAGGAGUCUGGAACGAAAAAUCGCACAUUUUUAAGAGGAGGCAUAAAGCCACGGAAAAGCUAUAAAAUAAGUGUGUAUCCAUUAUAUUCAAAUGGUCAAGGAGAAGAAAGAUCAAUACAAGCAUACCUUGAAGAAGAUGCACCUGCUAUAGGUCCCACUGUUCGCACAGCAAAAGUUGGAAAAACUGAUGCCCUUAUUGAAUGGGAACCUCUUUCAGUAGAAGAACAGAAUGGAUUUAUCAAAUACUACAAUAUAAUUUACAGAACAGCUACUGGAAAUGAAACGGUUGUGUUUGUGGACCCUUCUAAAACGGAGUACCCACUGUCGUCCUUAUCAAGUGACACUUUAUAUAUGGUGCAAGUAGCAGCAUACACAAAAAACGGAGGGAAAAGGGGCCCCGCUUUUACAUUUACUACAAAGAAAUUUGCGGAAGGAGAAAUUGAAGCAAUUGUUGUCCCUGUGUGCCUAGCAAUCCUGCUAUUUACUCUUUUAGGUGUAUUAUUUUGCUUCAACAAACGAGAUAGCAUCAAGAAGCACAUCUGGCCUAACGUGCCUGAUCCUUCUAAGAGUGUUAUUGCCCAGUGGUCACCACAAACACCAUCAAAGCAUUUUCAUCAUUCCAAAGAUCAGAUAUAUCCAGAAGGCAGCUUUACUGAUGUCAGUGUGGUUGAAAUUGACAAGAAGUCAUUUUCCGAACAGGAUCCUAAGCCUUUUGACUUGCUUAGAAAGGAGAAAAAUGCCUCCGAAGGGCACAGCAGUGGUAUAGGGGGGUCAUCCUGCAUGUCUUCUCCUCGACAAAGCGUUUCUGACAGCGAUGAAGGCGAACCUGCUCAAAAUACUUCCAGCACUGUGCAGUAUUCAACUGUUGUACCCAAUGGCUACCGGGACCAGAUACCUUCAGUCCAAGUCUUUUCAAGGUCUGAGUCAACGCAGCCUCUACUAGACUCGGAGGAGAGGCCUGAAGAUCCGCCAGUGCUGGGAAGCAACAACUCAACACCAAGACAUCGCUAUUUCAAACAGAAUUGUAAUAACGAUGAUACAGUCACGGAUGAGCCUCAUUUGGAUGGGGCAAAACAGAUUUCUCCAAUAAAUGAGGAAGAUGCUGCUGGACCUCAGACUUUGCAAAUGUGUAGCUCUGGCCCAGAUGAACAUGAUGUUGCCUUAGCAGGUGCUUUCCACCCAAGCCCCAAAGGACUAGCUGCAGAGUUUGAAACAAUGAGAACAAAUGCAGUGACAGAGGAUGAGGUCCCAAAGUGUUACUUACCACAGACUGUAAAGCAGGGUGGUUAUAUGCCCCAGUGAGGAGACACUGCCACCAGUAGAUACUGUUACAUUAUUGGUUCUGAUAAGUUAAACUGUUUUUUUAAUCUUGCUUCUGCUGAACAGUUCAGGUUCAUUUAUGGAAGAAAACGUGGACAACAUGGGUUUGCGGACUUUGAUUUAAGUUGGAAGUUUCCACCCGUUUUUGCAGAAAUAUUCCUUCACACACUACAUGUCACUCAACUUCUCAGGCAAAUUAGUUGCCAUUCAGUUUUCUUCUGGGGCAUCACACUUCUUUUAAAGUAAAAUGGAACACACCUCGUUUUGUUAGAGGUAAAGGCAUAGAGAUGGAGACUGACUGUGAAUACCUUCUUACAGGAUGAAGAGAUUAGUGUAUUAUAUUAUGAAAUGUGCUCUUUUCAUCAACUUUGUUGUCAGCUUUGUAAAAGUACAGUGUUUUAUACUGGAACAACUGUGCUUUAAAAAUAAUCUGGAGACCAAAUCUGUGGCCAAACCUAUGGCAGAAUCAAAAUAUUAGAUGGCAUCUAAUAUUCCCAGAUUAAUGGACCAGAAACACUUCGUUUGGAAAUGUGCCCUCCUUGCCAGUCAAGAACUACAAGCCAGUGGAGUGAGAUAUUUACAUGAAUCAUGACUAUCAAAAUACUAUUAACGUCAAAUGCCAGUAUUUCAUACCCUUCCUGUCUUGCAAAUUGAGCCAAAUCUACUGCCGUUUAAACACUUUUAGAACUCAUAACCUGUGCACUUAUAAGUGCACUUUUUUGCUUUUUAUCAGGAUAGACUUGGGUGAAGUAAACAUAUUUAAUAAUAGAUAAUGAAGUUAUAUAGUAAGUGUGUUUUUAAGGGGGAAAGUCCACUGCUCUUUCUGACUGCCAAUGCCAGGUUCAAGUAUUCCCUGCUGCCAUUAUUAAUUCGUAGAGCAGAAGAAAACUGCAUAGCCAUGGCGGACCCACAAAGACAUCUUGAAGAACUGCAAUAUUGGCACUCUGCAUGGAGGGUUUUCUCUUUCGCCAAUGAAUAAAUCUAGAAACAUUUCUUGCAGAUUCUGUUUGUAUUUAAUAUAAAAUCAUUAAGUUGAGACUGAUUUUUGAAGCAAUCCAAAAGUACUACAAUUGUUUUAACAGGAAAUAAAAGUUAAUUUGAUUCUUCCUCAACAAUUUAACUAUGGUAGUGAUUGUGUUUUGAAAUCUCAGUGGCUUUUACUUUAUAAGCUCUUGCACUGUAAUUGGUGGCUAUGAAGAUCAGCCAGCCAGUCUCUUAAGAAUGAAUAGCUGUAAAACACAUUUUAAUGUUUUAAGGGUUUCUUCUAUAAAAACAAUUGAUUACAGCAAUGUUCUUGGAGUUCAUAAAUUAUAAUAAUGAAUUUGUGCCAUAACCA